GUGUUAUCCUAAACCAACAUUUUUGUCUCUCUUUGUAGGUCACCAUUUCAAAGCUCAUAAGGCUGUUCUUGCUGCCUGUAGCCAGUUCUUCUACAAAUUCUUCCAAGAUUUCACUCAGGAGCCUUUGGUGGAAAUUGAAGGUGUAAGUAACAUGGCAUUUCGUCACCUAAUUGAGUUCACCUAUACAGCAAAACUAAUGGUCCAAGGUGAGGAAGAAGCAAAUGAUGUUUGGAAAGCAGCGGAGUAUCUACAGAUGUUAGAAGCAAUCAAAGCACUUGAAAUUAGGAACAAAGAAAAUUCCUCGCCCUUGGAAUCAAGUCAAGCACAAGGUAACAAUAAACCAAAAAAAAGGAAGAUAGCUGAAACCUCUAAUGUUAUCACAGAAACACUGCCAUCUGCAGAAUCAGAGCCUGUUGAAAUUGAGGUUGAGAUAGCUGAAGGGACAAUUGAAGUGGAAGAUGACAGUGUGGAAACACUUGAAGAAGUAACUUCCGCAGAACAAUCCAUAAAGUACAUACAGACAACAGGUACAUCAGAUGAAUCUGCAUUGGCUCUUUUGGCAGAUAUCACCAGCAAGUAUCGUCAGGGAGAGAGAAAAUGCCAGAUCCAAGAAGGGGAUAGUGCAACUGAUCCCUCGUGCAAACAGGAACACAUGAAAACACACUCUACUGAGAGUUACAAGUGUGACAUAUGCAAUAAAAGGUACCUACGAGAGAGUGCUUUGAAACAGCACCUCACCUGUUACCACCUUGAUGAAGGUGGUGCCAGCAAGAAGCAAAGACCUGGCAAAAAAAUACAUAUAUGCCAGUACUGUGAUAAGCAGUUUGAUCACUUUGGACAUUUUAAAGAGCACCUCCGGAAGCACACAGGUGAAAAACCAUUUGAAUGUCCAAACUGCCAUGAACGUUUUGCUAGGAAUAGCACACUCAAGUGUCACCUGACAGCCUGUCAGUCUGGAGCUGGAGCUAAAAAGGGAAGAAAGAAGCUGUAUGAAUGUCAGGUUUGUAAUAGUGUGUUUAACAGCUGGGAUCAGUUCAAAGAUCACUUGGUAAUACACACCGGUGACAAACCCAACCACUGUACCUUAUGUGAUUUGUGGUUUAUGCAAGGGAGUGAGCUGAGAAGGCAUCUCAAAGAAAUGCACAAUAUUUCAGAACGAAUCAUGACAGAAGAGGUUCUUCCAGUGGAAGCUGUAGAAGCCGAACCAGUAACAUCAAUGACUAUAAUAGAACAAGUGGAGCAAGUCCAUGUCCUACCAGUAAUUCAGGUACAAGUGGACCCUGCACAGGUAACUGUGGAACAGAUGCACCAGGAUCUCAUACAGGACAAUCAAGUGAAAGGCACGCAGAUGGAUGAACUGCAAGAACAGGUGCAAAUUAGUUACUUGGAAGUUGAACACAUUCAGACUGAACAAGGUGCUGAAGUUCAUGUGGAGCAGUUACAUGUUGAGCACGUAAAUCAAAUACAGAUGGAAGAAGUACAGGCAGAACUUAUAGAUGGAACAGGCCUUGAACAAGUAGCGUAUGAAAGUGUUGAUCAACGAGAAGCAGAAGAAAAGGAACCUAAUCAAGUAGAUGAUGCGAAUAAGGAAGGUCAUGAACAAGAUGAAGACUUAAAAACUCAACAAUUAGUGGAUACACAGAAUGAAAAGGUGGAUGACUAG